CAAAGCCUGGUCAACUUUUAAAAUAUUUACAGACACAACUCCACUGAUCAAGUCUUUUUCUACACUUGCUUGGGGGAGCGAUCCUGUAGAGGAGCACUGUGCAGCCUAAGUGCGUUUACAAUCCAGCAAAAGGUGAGGGGUCAAGGAUCGUCUUUUGUAGGAAUUACUUUUUGUUAAAUCCAGAUCUGGAGGACUUAUGCUUAGACUGUGGCCAUUUAAUCUCAGCCGUCACCCUCCAGUAGUGAGAUAGUCCACACCAAGGAGCUCUGCGACCUGACCACUUUUUCUAAAGCUCUGCAUCCAUGCAACCCUCACACACUUUCUCAAAUUCCUCCGCCUACACGGGCCCACAUGGGGAACCCCCUCUAUCGCGCACCGGCUUCAUCAUCCUCUCCAUCAUCAUGGCCGGAUUCACCGGUCCAGCCAUCGUACUCAACGCUACGGUGAUCAUUGUGACCCUCAUGCACAAGCAGCUGAGGCAGCCGCUCAACUACGCUCUGGUGAACAUGGCUUUGGCUGACCUGGGUACAGCAAUGACCGGAGGGGUGCUGUCUGUGGUCAACAACGCCCAGGGGUACUUCUCCCUGGGAAGAAGUGGCUGCGUGAUGGAGGGCUUUGCGGUGUCCUUGUUCGGCAUCACAUCUCUGUGCACAGUUGCUCUGAUUGCAGUGGAGAGGAUGUUUGUUGUGUGUAAACCGUUGGGUCAGAUCAUUUUCCAAAAAAAGCAUGCAGUUGGAGGUAUCGCCAUAUCCUGGUUGUGGUCCCUCUCUUGGAACUUACCCCCCCUGUUUGGCUGGGGCAGGUAUGAGCUGGAGGGCGUCGGGACGUCCUGUGCACCGGACUGGCACAACCAAGACCCCAAAAACGUCUCCUACAUUGUUGCUUACUUUGCUGUGUGCUUUGCGGUUCCCUUCGCCCUUAUCUUGGCAUCCUACACAAAGCUAAUGUGGACAUUACACCAGGUAUCAAAGAUGACCUGUCUGGAAGGCGGCGCAGUAGCUAAGGGAGAGAUGAAGGUGGCCUCCAUGGUGGUUCUGAUGGUCCUGACGUUUCUGAUCAGCUGGUUGCCUUACGCCAGCCUGGCCAUGCUGGUGGUCUACAACCCUAAAGUGGAGAUUCACGCGUUGGUGGGCACAGUGCCCGUUUACCUGGCCAAGAGCAGCACCGUGUUUAACCCUAUCAUCUACAUCUACCUCAACAAACAGUUUCGUAAAUACGCAGUUCCCUUCCUGCUGUGCUGUAAAGAGCCGUUGGACGACGAAGAGGCGUCAGAGGCGGCGACAACUGUGGAAAUUUCCCCCAGCAAAGUGUCCCCUGCCUGACACGCCUGCAGCUGUCUUUGUCUGAAAUGUAAUGCCAUGUUUACAUCGUGCUUGUGUGUUUAAACUGUGAUUAAUUGGAAUUUUAUAGGUGAUUUGACGAUCUGAUUCAUUUCGCAAGUACAGACGGUUGUCCAGUGUCUUACCACAAAUGGGUGCGAAUAAACCAGAACACUAAUUCAGCAUAAGUUUAUUCAAUGAUGAUCAAUAGAAAAUAAAAUGUCAUUAUCGAUUCAAAUAAAGUCAAGGCCAAAAUUAAACGAAAAAUACAAAAUAUGUAUUGAUAAAAAACCUAGAAGGUCAUAGUAAAGCAUUUGCUACUAAGAGAAAUUAUUUUUACUGAAGAAAAACAUUAAGGAGCAAAUAUCAAGACUUUCAAGUAGAGAACAUUACCAUGGGUCUUUUCAUACUUUUGUACAUAUUUUACAUUAUCUUCUAUUUUAAUACAGCUUUCAGAACAUUAAUAGUUGCAAUAGUAAUUAUAAUUGUAACAAUAUGAAGAAAACUAAUAGAAACGUUCAAAUCAAUAUGUGCUUCUCUGUAAGCUGGUACCUUACCAUUUAAUUUUUUUCUCUACCUGCAAACAGAGAAACAUUGCACCUUGAAAAUAUUUUUCAACACUCUUUCAUUCCCAGCAUUGUAAGAUGAGGUGUAAAUGACAAAUAUAGAUUCCACUAAACCAUACACACAUCCACAAAAAGUACAAAAAUGUCUCACCUUAAUACACAAAUCUGUUUAGAAAAAGGAGAAACAAAAGCACUAUACAGUCACUUGUGCAAAGACAAACAGCUAUGUGCUAAUAUUUAAAUACCAUUGGUAUAGACUGAAACAAAUCAUCAUUUUCUUCUUUCAGGAAACCCUGACAUGAGGUAAAAGUAAGUUAUUUUCAUCUUUAGUUUAACACAACUUUUAAAAGUGUUUACAAAAUAAUGCAUAUCUUCAGUUCAUCAGUACUGUAAUUGCUACGAAUAGUACAAUGUGCCUGUUAUGUGCAUUGGUCCUUUUAUAUGACAGUCAUCAACAAAAGGACUACAACACUUUUUUUUUUCCACUCACAAACAAUUCAAAGAGCCCUUUCAAUGUGCACACAAAAUGGAAAACCUACAUUUUCAUGACAGUAUUAUGUUAAAUUAGAGUACAGUACGCACCCGCCUACAAUUCAAACACUCAUGAACGACACAUUAACCCUAAAUGUCGGCUAAUUCAAACUUUUCUCAAUGGUAAUGCCUGAAAAAGCCCACUUCCGUUUAUUUAUUCCAGUAACCGUAUUGUAAUAUAUAAAUAAAAAAUAAAAACG